UUUUGUACGGACUGCUGAGGCUGAGGACAUUUUUGCUGCUGAAAGUUGGAGGGAGGGUGUUUCAAAAUGUAUAAACAACGCAAGGGUCUUUCGCUGGUACAGAAGGUUUACGUCAUCCGCGAGACCGAACAGGGACAAAGCUCUCGGCGUCUCGCCAGAGAACUUGGAGUUGGCAAAACACAAAUCUGUAACAUUCUCAAACGAAAGACCGAGUACCUCGCCAUUUUCAACAGUGAUGGACCGGAGGCUAGGUGCCGUAAAGUCCGCAAAACGGGUAACGAGGAGCUUAAUAAGUUAAUGCAUGCAUGGUACCAAACAUGCCAAAACACCAAGAGUAUGAAAGCGCCAAUUUCUGGCCCCAUCAUCAAGUCAAAAGCGCUCGAUUACGCCGGGCAGCUUGGACUUGAGAUGUUCACGGCUUCCAACGGUUGGCUGGAAUCAUUCCGGAAGCACCACAAUAUCUUAGCUGGAGUUCAGAGCAGCGUGGAGGAUUCGUCAACUUCAAACGAUGUCACGAUCAAAGAAUGGGAGAGUCUUUUGCUUCGCAUCUGUCAAGGAUAUCGGCCCGCAGAUAUCUGGACCUUGGAUGAGACGAGUUUUUACUUUAAGGCGCUUCCUGCGGAGUGUGUUUCGCUGGGAGCGGAACAGUGUGAGGAAGGGCAAAGGGCUGAGGAGAGACUUACUUUGGGAAUGUGCUGCAGUAUGACUGGAGAAAAGGAAAAGCUUCUUCUCAUCGGUCAUCCUGGCAAAUCAAACCAUCCCUUUGAGGCGCUGAGGCCGAACGAGCUUCCCCUGAAGUGGUGCUCCAACAAACGAGUGUGGAUGACCGCACAGACCUUCGAGGAAGAGUUGAGGGACUUGGACCAAUCAAUGCAGAGUCAGACGAGAAAGAUUAUCCUCUUUCUUAGUGACACAAUGUGUCAUCCAAACAUCCCACUCAGCAACAUCAGGUUACAAUACUUCCCUCCAAGUGUGUUGUCGAAAUUACAGCUGCUUGGACGAGGGGUAUUCAGAGAGGUGAAGGCCCACUAUCGCAACAUUCUCCUGGAAUAUGUUCUCAGCAUGAAGCGGGGCAUGGUGACCUAUCAACAAAUUGCGAGACGAAUAACACCCCUGGAUGCUAUGUAUUGGAUUGAGAAGGCGUGGAACAAGACAAGUGCAGGAGUUAUCAAUCAAUGUUUUGCCGCAAGUGGUUUCAAAAACCUCGGAGUCAUUGAGAUCAAAGAAACAUGCUCGGCAACAGAGAAUUUCGACCAGGUAGGGGAGACGCUGUUAACACAUUUCAGGUCAGGGCAGUCGGGAGAUCAUCCGGAGUGGAAAGACUUUGUGUCUUUCGACGAUAAUGUGGCCACAUAUGACCAAGCAGUUGGAGAUUCGGAGCCACGGCUUGUAGAGGAUUGUGUCAGCUUGACAACUCGGAAAUUGAUUCCAGAUAUGGUGUAUGAAGAGUGCCAACCAGACGCAGCCCAGUUACUGUUUUCUCUCAAUCAGAGUCGGGCGUAUGCCUUACGGAACGGCGACGCCCAUAUGAUGGGGCUCGUCAUGGACCUUCGGACCCACCUUAGCCGGGUGGCAUGUCGGAGUCACUCUCUGACAGACCCUCUCUGACAACGAACAUUCAAAGGAUUUUCAGGAUUUUUAUUGACUUCUGACCACACUGUUUGGUUUUUACCAGUUACUUGUAUAGAACCCAAUGGAUGGGGGAAAAAGUGUUUUCAGUUUGAGACAUUUGAAUAAUUAUUUUCACAAUGUACUUCUUAAAGUUGAACAUAUGGAAUGUUCCACUCAACUCGGCUCCACCUCUUUAAAAAGAACAUUUUCAUCUUUCAACUCCAGAAAAUAUUCGCAACAUGCACUCAUAAACAUUCUUUACUACAUGUAAUUACUUUUUAUUGUCAACUGUUGGCAUAAAAAUAAAUGGAUGAUUUGUUA